AUGUCCACCAAUCCGAGUGCAGGUCCUCCAGUCGGAAACUUACGUCCACUUUCACUCACCCAACGACCACUUCAACUGCGUUCUCAGUUAUCAUCUAAUAAUUCCUCUUCGACGAAUCUGAAUGCCAAGCUUGCUGAUGCCGCUAAUGACGACCGUUUCAGCCGUAGUCCUGAGGAAAAUAAACCGGACGAAAGGGCACCCGAGUCGCCUCUCGCAUCUGCUGCGGCCGUGAAUCCAGCACUUCAGCGACAUCAAAAGCGAUAUUCUACGCUCUCUUAUACCAACGGCUCACGGUCACCUUCAACUCCUCUCGGUUCUCGAUCGUUCAUUCAAGACAGAAGUAAUGAUGGCCACGACACCUAUGACAACCAAACAAAUAGUCCGUCCAGAGCCUCCCAAACCCUAGAAUCAAGUCUCUCAAGGUCUAAUUCUGCAUCUGGGAUAUCAUCUAAUCGGUAUAACGUGGAAAGCUCUCGGCUUAACAGACACACAAAGCGUACAAUCAUACAUCCCGGUAUCAGCGAGCCGAGUACACCCAGCGAUGUUAACCCAUCUACAAGUAGUGAUCGAGACCAGCCCAACAGCGCGUAUCCACGUGAACAUUCAGCGGAUGAGCGGGAAACCUUGUCCGAGUUCGGACCAGAAACUGUAAUGGAGGCUAAUAGCGUUCUUACCUUGGUAGAACAGUACGAAGCCAAAUGCUUGGAACUGCGCAGCCAACUCUCACAACAAGAGGCCGAGCUGAAAGCUCUUAAAACACGGUGGACAAAUAUCGUACAAGAGGCCAAUCCACGAAUGAAAGUAUUCAACGCAUCGCAACCUUCAAGCUUAACUCGGGCGAGUGCUGCUGUGAUCCGGGAGGGAGUAAGCAAGUUGUUCGGAAACGUCACGGCUCCUUUGGCAGCUGCUUUAGAGGCUUUGGAAUCUACAUCGGAGAAACGACACUCUAUUAGUAUCGCGAACUCCGCCCCCUUUACAGAUACCACAUCCACUCCAGCAGCUGAUGCGAUUCUCGAGAGAAAGAGGAUCCACUGUCAUGCAUACACCUCAUCUAAUCAAUCUUCGGCAUCUUCAUUUGCUCAAUCUAGAUACUCAAUGUCCUCAAACUCCUCUUUGGGCGGACACACCAUUACAAGCGAAGGGGACCCUCGAAUCCGGGAGAUCUCUGAUAAAACAGCAGAAAUGAUGAGGCGAAGUGAAGAUGGGUCAGGCGCUAUUUCUUCUAUAACCAGCCCUACAGGUCAAGCAUUGAGGAGAAGAUCACUCCUCGUCGAGCUUUCGAACAACCCAGAGGCAUCGCAACGUAAAGGGACACCGCCUAUAUCCGAUUCGAUACCUCCAGUAGCUGGGCCAUUUAUACCAUCAACAAGCUGGACCGCUGCGUGGUCUGGGCUGGAUGGUAUUGGCUUACCUAGCCCGAGCACAUUAAACAAGAAGUGGGACGAGCUUCAGAAAGCAGAAACUUCCUUCAUAAACACAUUUGCACCACCUCUCAACGAACCUAUACCCAAAUCCAAACCCCGACUUACAUCACAAAGCUCAGUGCAGCCGAGUGAGCGACCCCAAAUCUCUACUCAGAUAUCUAGCGCAUCUCUGCUAGAUGAGGAUAACGAGGACGAUCUAUUGGGGACAACGGGUGUAUCCUCAACGCAAAUCAUGCAACCCAUAACCUCUUCACCAAAACCCGCCUCACCACUACCCCCAGACGUAUCUUCCAAUGGCAAGGUCACAACUUCAAAAACCAACCCCAAGGAGGACGACGUGUGGAAUUGGUAA